CAAGAAAAAAUCGUAUCGAAGUCCAUCGCUACUUUGCUUCCAUUUGCCGUGCUUUUGACGGGCUUUUGUUUCUUUUUAUAUCCCUUUUCAGCUUGAUUACACUUAAGGGCAAGGCUAUGAGAUAUAGACAAGCAACAGUUGUUUGUGGUGCGGCACGUAGUCCUACCUGGGGAUUAUGCCUCUCAUUGAGCCUGGAAUGGAAAUGAAAGAACAUGAGAUUUUGUGUGAAUUAAUAAUAGCUUCGGCAAAUCGUAUUGACGACCAGCGAGUUGAAUUUCCUCCAAGGAGAAACCCUCCAUUUUUACUACCUUCAGCUAAUCUAGGGAAAGUCAAUCACCAGGAAACUGAAGAGAGUGAUACUUCAAAGGAAGAAGAGGAAGCAGACGACGAAGACGAAGAGGACGACUCAAAAAUGAAGGAUUUAGAUCCUGUCAAAGAGGUUUUGGCAGCUGGAGGACCAUAUCCAUUGGUAGUUUUACCAGUUGGAGGUGAAUACUGGUUGGAGGGAAGCAAUCACAGACAUAUCAGUCACACAGAUUACAGGGCUGCUGAUUGCAGGAUAGAGAUGAAUAAUGUCAUUCAAAGCUACAGGAGAGACUUCAUGGGAAAGGAACAUCUGAACUUCAUCUGUGAUGAUGAGAAACUUGGUCCUGUUAUCUUGUCAGUCAAGCAAGAAAUUGAGAAACUAGAUGGCUGUGAUACCCAAGGAUUUAUCCGAGUCAUUCUAAGGACUUCUGAAAAGACCAUUGCAGACGUUUUACCAAUAGAGAAUGUGUCUGAAAAUCCAGGACCCAGAGAAAUUAUCAGGUAUCUUCUUGCAGAGGAUGCAGACAAUAUAGAUCACUUUCAAGUCUUAGCUCAUCCCAAGGCCUCAGAACUGAUAGUCAAGUAUGAUGAACACAACUUAUCAAACUCUUUCAAAUUUGGAGUUAUAUACCAGAAAUAUGGACAGACUACUGAAGAAGAGUAUUUCUGCAAUCGAUCUCACAGUCCUGCUAUGAAUGAGUUCUUGGAGAUGUUAGGCAGUCAGGUCAGCCUCAAAAAUUUCAAAGGGUUUCCUGGAGGCUUGGAUGUGAAACAUGGUCAGACAGGGGAAACAUCGGUACAUACUGUGUUUGAUUCCAAGGAGAUCAUGUUUCACAUAAGCACCCUUUUGCCAUUUUCCAUGGGAGAUAGUCAACAGGUUCAAAGAAAAAGGCAUAUUGGCAAUGAUAUUGUUGCUAUAGUGUUCCAGGAGGAAAACACGCCAUUUUCACCAGUUUCUAUUCGGUCGCAUUUUCUACACGUCUUCAUAGUUGUUCAAGUCGUGGAUCCGAACACGAGCAACACAAGAUACAAGGUCUCCAUUACGGCUCGUGAAGAUGUACCGCACUUCGGACCCAAACUUCCAAAUCCUGCCGUCUUCAAGAAGGGUCCUGAAUUUCGAAAAUUUUUAUUAACAAAACUCAUUAACGCUGAACUGGCAGCUUACAACAGUGCUGAGUUCGCCAAGUUAGCGGAUCGAACGCGCACCACUCUUCUCCGAGGAUUAGCAGAUGAUUUAAUUGAGAAGAACUCGCUGAUACUUGACACAGGCGGAGAGGAGGCUCCUCAAAAGGCUAAGCUAUUAACAACCCUGAAGAAAGCAUUACGUACAAAGAGUCAAGUGACCCGUACCAUGUCCAUGCGGGAGCCACGUCCAAAACCAGAGGAUGUUGACUCAGACGACAAUGCACCAAAAUCCUGGGCAAAAAAGGCUAAAGAAAGAAGGAAAUCAGCGCAAGGUCUACAGACGGCUAAAAAAGUUUUAAAACCGCCAAAAAAAGAAGUUAAUCAUGGUCGGUGUAAAAGCAUGGAAUCGCUUCUCGUCCAGGAACAGAACAAGAACAAUCCCAUAUUUUGCGCGGACGAUUCCAGUUCAGAAUCGAACACAUCUGAAAUGUCUCGACAUCUUGAAGAACCAGCACAUUCUCCAAGGAAACAUAACGCUCGAUCCCGAACACCUGAACCACAGGGACGAAAAAGUACGCCGGACUAUAACAGCUCACCACAACUAUCACCAAAUUUCCCCCCAAACAUGACGCAUUCUCAAUCUGUUCCUGCUCUGCAAAAUUACGAUCGUUUACACAGGACUUCGUCCAAAGUAACCGACAAAUCGCCGCAUUCACGAGUGUCUUACGAGGGAAGUUCGACCGCAGGGGAAUAUCAAGUUCGGUAUGUUGGUGGAUAUCGUUCGGGGCCCGAAGAUGAUCAGGAUGAGCCAAUACAACUCACUACUUAUAAUCGGUCUCCGUCGCGUCACCGAAGGGGCCCCGAAGACCACGAUAACGUGGACGUUAGUCAUCAGCGGUCAAGUUCAAAUGUUUCCGAAAACACCACUGCAUCCAUACAAUCUUUCCACCAGUCUCGAGAAGGAAGGGUUGAACGUGACGUUCCAUUGAAUUUUAGUCGAUCACCGUCGAGCUCUCCAUAUCUGCGGAGGAAAGCAUCUGACAUCCAACACAAUACCGUAAGCACACCGGCGGCUGGCACCGUUCCAGGCUCUGCGCAAAAGCAGAAGAAAACAGCCAUCGUCUCGCCCUUGCUGGAUAUGUCAGAUUCCCGGCCUCGCUCGGUUCCGCCUGGAGUGCUCAUGUUUGAUCCCACUGACCCGGAAUCAGAGAGAAUUGAACAGGUGAUGCAGGAAAGAUCUCCAUCGCUACCCAAAUUGGACACUGAAACCUUCACUUCAUCUGAGGAUUUGUCCGUCAAUGAUACUGUCUUUAGACAAACGGAGAUGCUUAAAACCGAGAUUACAAAACUGAAAUGUGAAAAGCUUGACCUAGCUCGGCAGAAUGUGUUGUUGCAGCGUGAAAUUCGUUCCAUCAAAGACAAAGCCACUCAGCAAACCUUCCACUUGUAUGAAGCCCGCUGUGAAAUAGCCCGGUUAAGGUCCUUACUCCCAAGUGAGAAUGUCCCCCCAAGGGACUCCUCCCCACUAGAAACUGUCACGGUGCGAGAGGGAAAUAUCUCUCCCAAGAGUAGUAUUGCUCGAAGAGACGUGAAUUCUGGAGUAUACGUUAGAGAAAGAGAAGAACAAGGAGAAAUCACUGCAAGGACUUCUUAUCCACAUACACAAGUUUGACAAUGCAGUGGUAGUAAGAAAUGGACUUCUUCAUCCCAGUUCAGGGUUGCCGCUAAGCGCCGGCUACCAGCGAAAUUUGCCGGCUGGAUUUUGGCCUGCUAUCGCUCGGUAAAGUACAACGGGCGCUUCCGAGGUUACACACUUACAAUCGUUCACCACCUUUGAGCCGCCUCACUUGCAAUUUCAGCGGGCAGCGUAAUUUCUUAGCUACAACCCUGCCAGUUAUUCGAUAAAACAUGUAUAUAUACGUUACCAGUUCGUCAUUUUAUCCAAUGUGGUGUUAAUACAGAAAGGUACAUCACGCGAUGAUUUCCGCGCGAUAGGUUUAACGAUUUCUUUGGAAAGAAUGAAUGUUUUGCUUCUGCGAAUACUUCUAAUCAACGAUGUUUAGAUUAAUCAGAUGAGAGCCUAUAAUUAAAUGCCUUUUUUACUUGUGAUGAUUAUAAUCAGUAUAUAUAUUAUGAUCCAUCAAAUAUUAGAACUGUUCCUAGACUAGCUCUAAAAAGUCAAUACGUUUCUCAACAGUAAGCUACUUGUAAACAUCUUGUUCCGUGCACCGCGGUUAGUAUUUGAAGAAUGAUACUCACAGUAGCCUCCAUCUGGCAUGAAAACAUGUUCGUUAGGUUGGACGUUAUCUGUUUCACAAAGUUCAUAGUUUUCCUCGAGCUUGAGGAGAAUAUAAUGUUAGUGGACAAAUAUAGGAACAUACUUUUUGAUCCAAAUGGAAGCUGGUAUCGAUGUAAGAUUCAAUUCGAUAUUUGGCUUUUGAAUAAUACGAGGGAAAUAAGAGGGAGAAAUAAUGCGAAAAAAAAUCCUUGUAAUAGUUACAAUUAGGUGGCUUUGUUCAGCUAAAGACAGUGUCUGAUUGGUCAGCCAAAAUUCGAACAGAAAAAUUUGAAAAAUUGUUCAUGUUGAUUAUUUCAUUUUUUUUAAAGUAACGAAUGAUUAUUAUCUUAAAGAGUUGGUUACUUAUUUCACCGAAGUCAUACAUUUUCGUUUUCCUGUUUGAAGAUUCAGUGUUGGACUUGAAAUUAUUUCCAGUUAACUCUAUGGCGAAAGAGAGCAAAGACAACACUUGUGGAAAUGGUUACAUAGGUGCGCCUGCAUAUCCCAACGUAGGCUGCGAGGAAAGUUCAGGGGUAGGUUCCGGGACUAAAGUCUUCACGUCCGCGUAACUUUGACAACGCGACAACCUCUAAACCUCGCGCAUGCCCUGUAUUGAGAGUCUGUUGUCGUUGUCAAACUUGCAAUCCCGUUGAACCCUAAUUCUUUCAGAUUAGAUGUUUUAGCUAGGCUAUGUUUGUCCCAAGAUCGUAUUUAGUGUUCAAACAAGCCAAUCUUCAUUAAAGUGCAAAACGAAUGACGAAAUUUGGCCUUAAAUUGAGGCUGAUGGGCGAAACGAUCGCGUUUCUUUGUGUGUCUUUAAGGGCUGGUUGCCAUAGAAGUGUCUUAUUGGCUUUCGGAUUUCAAGAAUUAUUCAUUGCUAUUGAUUGGUUUCUUCCCCCCCUCCUCCCCUCCCCCCAACAUUUAUCCUAAAUGCUUAAUGUAUAUACUUUUUCUUACUCCAUUUUGAAUAGAAAGAGACUGAAUGGCAAUUGUUUUUUUCCGUUGGAGAUGAUAAUUAGCUUUUCGCGGAACGUUAAGGAACUUUAAUGAUUAGAUAUUUACAGCUGCUAUUUGCUAUUUUUUUAUCUAAACGGAUAACGGAAAAAUGUACUGAAUUUUGAUUACAUGACGCUUAAAGCAACAAUAGUUUAACAAGUAAAAUCGUUUUGUUAUAAAUGCAAUAGUGUCAACAUUUCGUUAAAUUUUGUAAAUUCGAGUUUUAUUCCGAAAAAAAAAAAAUCGUUCGUGCCUUUCUAUUGCGCUGCCCAUCGUAAUUAGGUAUGCCAUUAAAGCGAAUAAAUACACCGUAAGAUUGGUGCAAAACUUUUAGUUAACUGUUAAAAUAUGGAUUGAAUGAAGAAAUGAUAAUAAAAACUAAAGCAGAUAUUGAG